CUGCGGCGGUAGGAGGAGGACGGGGAAGGACGGAGCUCGGCCGCGGCUGCCUCCCUCGUUCACUCCCUCGCGCGCUCGCCCGCCCCCUCCCUCCCUCCCCUCCCUUCCCCGGCCCCGGCCCCGGCCCAUUCGCUGCGCGCUCUCCGCCUAGGGAGGAUGUCGGGCUCUUCGCUCCCCGGCGCCCUGGCCCUCUCGCUCUUGCUGGUCUCUGGCUCGCUCCUUCCAGGGCCAGGCGCUGCUCAGAACGAACCAAGAAUUGUCACCAGUGAAGAAGUCAUUAUUCGAGACAGCCUCCUUCCUGUUACCCUGCAGUGUAACCUCACUUCCAGCUCUCACACCCUUAUGCACAGCUACUGGACAAGGAAUGGGGUAGAACUCACUGCCACCCGUAAGAAUGCCAGCAACAUGGAGUACAGGAUCAAUAAGCCAAGAGCUGAGGAUUCAGGCGAAUACCACUGUGUAUAUCAUUUUGUCAGCGCUCCUAAAGCAAAUGCCACCAUUGAAGUGAAAGCUGCUCCUGACAUCACUGGCCAUAAACGAAGUGAAAACAAAAACGAAGGGCAGGAUGCUAUGAUGUACUGCAAGUCAGUUGGCUACCCCCACCCAGAGUGGAUAUGGCGCAAGAAGGAGAAUGGUGUGUUUGAGGAGAUUUCCAAUAGCUCUGGUCGCUUCUUUAUCAUCAACAAGGAGAAUUACACUGAAUUGAAUAUUGUGAAUCUCCAAAUUACAGAAGAUCCUGGAGAAUAUGAAUGUAAUGCCACCAACUCCAUUGGCUCUGCCUCCGUUUCCACCGUCCUCAGGGUACGGAGCCACCUUGCCCCACUUUGGCCUUUCUUGGGAAUUCUGGCUGAAAUCAUCAUCCUUGUGGUGAUCAUUGUUGUGUAUGAGAAGAGGAAGAGGCCAGAUGAGGUUCCUGAUGAUGAUGAACCAGCUGGGCCAAUGAAAACCAACUCUACCAACAAUCACAAAGAUAAAAACUUGCGCCAGAGAAACACAAAUUAAGUACUGCUUUUAAUCUCUUUAGGUUCCUGAAAAACGAUGGCAACAUGACCUGCUAAGUUUUCUGCUUGGACCUCUUUGGUCUCUCUCCCUUUCAAGUGAGCAACACCACAAUGACCGUCUAAAGCAUGCCUUAUUUAGCCUCUCCUAUAAGGGUGACCUAGCCAGGUACAUUUUAAACAAUGCUUCAGUGUAGAAGGUGUAAACUAUUUUGGGCUUGAUGUGCUGUGAAUGUUGCUUUCCCUCCUUUUGUUAAAAUAUUUAAAUAGAAGUGAAAGGUCCUCGGAGGAUCAGAUCAUGCAUGCGCCAUUUUUUACUUAUGCAGCUGUUAAAUUGGCAAAGCUCUAAAUGCACUGCUGCCAUCUAGUGAUCAUUUUGUAAAGUACAGCAAAACCUACAGAUAUAUACAGUAUAUAAAUAUAUAUAUAUAUUUAUAUUUUUGGGGGUGGGAGAAAUCCAAAAUAAAGUCAACGCUUGUUUCAUUUUUAAGCUGCUGAUACUCAUUCCUUAUUAUUUGUCGUCAGAUGAGGAAGCUGCAGUUCUGGUACAAAAUGAUGAGAGUAUAGACUUAAGUCUGUCAUUCUAAGGGCUUACCCUAUAACUUUAAGAACCUGGAACAGUCCACUGAACGGCUAGAAUGAAUUGCAGUAUAUAUGUAUGAUUGCUUUUUAAGUGACUAUUUUUCCUUUUGUCAAAUCAUGUAAAUUCUGAAAUCUUUUGCACUGAUGUGUCAAACCUUAUUCUUGUAUAUUCAAUCAAGGCAACUUUUAUAAUUUCCCAUUUGUUUUCAAUGACCCUGAAAUGUUAAUAGCAUGGUGAUAUUCUAUGCAACUCUAGUUAUACCUUUUGGUUUGACACUGUAUUUUCACAUUGAUUUCAUGACUGAUUAUAGAUUUUAUAACCUGACUGGGUUCUCAUGCGGUACUAACUGUAGAUGCAUGUACUUGUGUUCUGUGUAAUUAUUGAAGUGCAAUGGUGUACAAAAAAAAGUGAUUCACCUGUUUUUAACAAUAAAACAUUGAUAAAAGGUG